AUGAGGCAAGCAGAUGGAGGUGCCCUGACAGUGCUCGGGUGGACCGUGUUGGCAGUACAAGUAGGCCGUUCAGUCCGGAAAUGCAGAGUGUUUGUGGCGGAAAUUCGAUCCCCUGGAAUCCUGGGAAUGGAGUUCUUGCUGAGCCUUGGGGCUAUAGUGAAUCUAAAGUGUUUGGAACUACAAAUAGGCCGAGAAAGAAUCCGGUGCGUCCGUCAUGACGGCAGCCAGUUCUCCCGGGUGCUGAUACACGAGACGGUCGAGUUAUUACCCGGGCAUGAGCAUGUAGUGACAGGACGUGUACGAUGUACCAAAAGGCCCAAGGGGGAGUGUAUGGUGGAGCCGAUAGAUCGGGACGAGUUGGCUGAUAAUGGACUUGUGUUUGCCCGAGUGUUGGUUUCAGCCGAGGAAGAGAUUAUUCCACUACGAGUGUACAAUCCGGGGAAAGUGACAAGAACCUUACAAGCUGGUACAAAAGUCGGGGUUCUAACUCCGGUCGAGGCGGUUCCAGAGAGUCAGGCGUGCAGCGGGAGAGUUCCAGGAGCCAGUAAGAUUCCAGACCAUUUGAGAGAGCUCUACCAGGAAAGCAUAAAAUCGGUACCUGGAUACAGCAAAGAGAUAACGAGUCUCUUCCAGGAAUAUCAGAACGUGUUCUCGAAAGGCAGUGGUGAUUUGGGUCGAACGAACCUGGUUAAGCACCAUAUCGAUACGAGGAAUGCGGUACCCAUACGGGAAGUUCCCAGAAGGCACCCAUUGGAACACCAGACCGAAAUUAUAAAACAAGUACAGGACUUGUUGGACCGGGGUGUGAUAGAGGCUACCUCAAGUCCAUGGGCGUCAAACAUUGUUCUUGUAGCUAAGAAGGACGGGACGAAACGCUGGAGAAGGCGGGGCUUAAACUCAAGCCUGAGAAAUGUUCUCUAUUUCAACCUGAAGUAUUGUAUUUGGGACACGUGGUAUCCAAGAACGGCAUCCAUACUGAUCCGGAUAAGGUUAAGGCAGUGA